AUGGGGCGGGGGCGGCCUUCGCGCUGCUGGCUGGGGGCGCGGCUGCCGCCCGCCGCCGCCCGCGCCCUGUUCGAGCUGCCGCCGCCGUGCCUGGGCUGGGGGCUGGCGCUGGCGCCCCCGGCCCGGGGCGCGCCGCUGCUGCUGGCGCUGGGGGCGCUGCACCUGGGGGGGGUCCUGGGGGUCGUGGGCGCCGUGGCGGCGCUGGGCGGCCCCGCGGCGCUGCUGCUGCUGCCCCGGGCUCUGUUCGCCGCUCUGGCGGCCGCGCUGGCGCUGGGGGGGCUGCGGCGCUGCGGGCUCGGGGGGCGCCUGGCCGAGCUGGCCAUGGGGGGGGCGCUGGCCGCGCUGGCCUUCGCCGCCCCCCCGAGCGGCCGCGCCGCCCCCGGCGGCCACCCCGAGCCCCCCGAGGGCGGCGGCGGGCGGGGCCCGGGGGAGGAGGCGGGGGGGCCCCCCGAGUCCCCCCUGGACGUGGACGGGGACCCCACGGCCGGGUACCGGCCCCCCUCCCCCAUCGACCUGCGCCGCUCCAUCGACGAGGCCCUGGGGGCGCCGGGGAUGUUCCGCGCCGGGAACGGCGGCAUCGGGGCCACCGGGAGCGCCGGCACCGGCCGCGCCGGGACCGGAGGGAAAACCAAGAGCAACGGGGUCAGCGUCCUCGGGAGCACCGGGAGCACCGAGAUCAGCGUCAUCAGCACCGCCGGCAGCGCCGGGAACGCCGGCGGCACCGGCAGCACCGGCACCAGCACCACCGCCCUGCCGGGAGGCGGCGGCGCCGCCGCGGCGGGGCUGGGCACGGGGAGCGCCGGGACCGCCUUGGGCACAGCCGGGGCUGCGGGAACCGGCGGCUCCGGCGCGGCGGGGGCCGGCACGCAUGGAGCAGCCGGUGCUCCUGGCACAGCUGGAACGGCUGGAAAACCCGGCACGGCUGGAACAGCCGCCACAGCUGGCACGGCUGGCAAACCUGGAACACCUGGAACAGCUGGAAAACCCGACACGGCUGGCACAGCUGGAACACCUGGCACAGCUGGAACACCUGGCACGGCUGGAACACCUGGCACAGCUGGAACACCUGGCACAGCUGGCACAGCUGGGGGACCGGUGCUGCUGGUGACGAUCCGGGGACACCCCAGGUCCCUGAGACCCCCCCCCCCCCCCAAUGCGGGUGACAAUCCGGGGACGCCCCCCCCCAUGCCCUCGAGACCCCCAAGUGUUGAUGACGACCUGGAGACCCCCAAGGUGCCCCCCCAGGUCCCCGAGACCCCCAAAUACGGGUAA